AUGACUCGGGCAGUGUGGUUGUGCUUGGUAGCCGCAAUUUGCAGUCAUUGGCUGCAUUUCCAGAAGUGCUUUGGCCCCCCAUGCGCCAGGAUCCAGCGGGCUGGCCUUGUGCAAAGCUUGGAUCGCAGCGUCAAGGCGCAUGCCGUGUUCUUGCGCAUCAUUGAGACGUGUACAGUCCCUGGUGUCUUGGAAGUGGUGCACGAGGAGCGCGAGAAUCUCAGGGACAGCGAGAAUCUGAAGAGCAUUGCUACUGCCUGGUCUAAGCUUGCAAGGUAUGCGACGCACACAAGUCAGGUGAGAACGAGCCAGGUGAACGUGACGCACUUGACAAGCUUUGUUGAGCUGACGUGUCUUUUGCUGGCACAGGGGGGGGGGGAAGUCGAUAUAUCAUAUGUCGAGGGUAUUCUUUGGUCUGCAGCCAAGCUUCGACAGCUUCGAAAGUGGGCUCCCUUGUGGCCAAUUCUGGCGCGCACACUCAGAUAUGUGCGAUGA